ACUAUAGAGGAACCCCAAGAAUACAUCACCACUUGCGGUACAAAAGAUAGGAAGUAUUACUUCCAGUUUUGCAAGAAUGACAACUGGCAUGCCACGUUUGAUGAAAGAAACCUAAUGAAAGCGUUUGUUUUGAAGACAAAUGUAAUGACUGCAGAGGCAGAGAGUAAUUUAGUGCUUCCAGAGAAAGGGGAAUUAAGUGACAAGGAAAGUCUUUCAGUUCCACCCCAGUCUCCAAUAGAGACAGUAACUACUGAAAAAGCUCCAACAAAGUCAAAAGUGGCAGUGGAAGAUCCAUGUAGUACUAAUUCUAAAUUACUUGGGCCAGGUAAAACUGCUCAGCAAGAUUCAGUCACCAGCAUCAGUACAAAUGCUCCUGUUGAUGAAGAUGGUAAAGAUGUUGGUGCUAACAAAUUGUCCCUUAAGGAUCAAGAACAAGCAUCUCCUAUAAAUGACAUUGGAAGAUCUGAUUUGGGCACCUUGCAGAAAUCACACCCUUCUGCCCAGCCACAGUUGCCUGCCCCUUCGAAAAUACCGUCAGGUCAUUCCUCAGCAAUGCCAAGCACUUCCAGUACCUACGAAUCGCAAAGGCCUUUCCCUUUUGGGAAGAAUGACAUAGGAAAGUUUUCUUACAAAAGCGGUUAUGUUCUUACUGUAAUGGAGUCAGGUGCAGGGAGCCUUCUGUCUCCUUGUCAUGAAUUUAAAGUUUAUCAGUGGGUCGAGUCAACUGACCAGAAGCUCUCUUCUGAAGCUAAAGAAUACUUUAUAUUUGAAACCCUACGAUUUGUGACAGGUUGUAUUAAUGCACGUCGUAAUGGAACAAUACAUUUUGGCAUCGGUGAUGAUGAUGAUGGCAAAUACCAGCAUGGGGAAAUUGUGGGCACUUGGCUACAAGAACAUCUUAAAACAGAGUUUGAUGAUAUGAUAAAGAAGUCUAUUGACAUUUAUUUUAAUCACGACUGGGCCAAAUCUGCUGUCAAUCAGUGCAUAUAUCCUGUUAGGUUCAUUCCUGUUGAUCUAGAAGAAUCUGAACCAAGUGUAAGAAAAUAUGUUAUUGAAGUGGAUGUUGCACCAACAUUUUCUCUAACAGAAAAUAGAGCAUUUUUCAUUGAAUUUCGGAAAAUGAAAAUGAAAACGCACAAAAUGCGACAAGAAGAACGCUUAUACUUUCGAGAGAGGGCAUCAACAGUUCACUAUACAGGAUCAAAGUUAGAUGACUUUCAACAUAAUCUAUUACGGAAACUUGUGCAAGAAAGAAAAGAAUUAGACCAGAAAAAUAACUCAACCAUAGAAAGGCCAUCUUACAACAAUGAGGAUAAUGCUAAAAAGCUAAAGAGCUGCCUUCUGGGUGGUGAAACAGACUUAAAAGCAAAAUAUCCAAUACUGUUUGUAAGCAAAACAGAUUCCCAAACCCGAGGCAUUGAAAGUGAACUCGGCUUCAUAGCAGAAAUUCCUUGGAUAGCAAUAUUUGACCUUGAUCCAAGUUCAGAUCACAGUGGAAUUUGCAACUUGUUUAGAUCACAGAUGAAACGUGAAUGUUUGUUAUAUAGGCCAGAGGAAAAGUUUUUGCACUUUUCUGAUCAUGAAGAGCUGGCAGAAGCAAUUUUAUUUCCUGAAAAGACAUGUUGGAUUUUUGCAAAUGGCAGACAUGCCCUUGGAGUUGACCCUUGCGACGACAAAAAAUGGACCGGUACUGAACGUUGCAAAGCUGUAAAGAACGCAAUAUCUUUCUUUUCAAGUCCUGAUAAAAUCCCCCCAGGGAAGGCAGUUGUUGUUUUCCUUAUCCUAUCAGAGGAUAUUGAUAUUAUGGUUAGUUGCUUCCGUAACUGUUUUGUAGACUUCUGUGGGGUUGAUAAUUUUUAUUAUAACUUUCUCUGUUUGUUUGAAAAUAAAAAUGCUUAUGAAUCAUGGGAGAAUCAGGUAGGAAGUGUUUGUGGCCCUGGAGAGCUGCAGAGAAAGAGCAUUGUGGGCAUGCCAUGGGCACAUAUCAACCAAACUGUCCAGUCCAUAAAUGGCCAUACAGUACAAACAGAACCUCACAUUCCAACAUCCAGUGGCUCUUAUGUGUCACUGACUAAUCAACAACGUAACAAAUUGGAUGAUCUGGAGGUUCUCAGUAAAAAUCAGUGUGAGGACCAAGGUUUGGAUCCAGAAUCUGAGGGCUUUGAAGAGUUCUGUCAGGAGAAAGAGAUGUUGUUCUACAAAGGUAAUGAAGUUGACUGGCUAAACUUCUUCUUAACUGAUGUUUACUCCAAAAAUCAUGUGAUGAAAAGAGAGAAAUUCAGGGAAUUGCACAGACUUAUCUCAGUAUCACUUUUCCAAAGAGACCCACACUUGAAAGGGAAAUCAGUUAUUAUAACACUGUAUUACCAAGCUGGAAGUGGGGCCACAACACUUGGCAGGCACAUUCUAUGGGAAUUUAGGGAGAGCAAUGUCAGAUGCUGUGUGAUAAAGAGAAUCACUGAGGGCACAGCAAAUCAAAUACUGACUCUACGAAGAUAUCUUGAGAAAGAUGAAAAUGAAUGCUUACCAGUAUUGGUGCUCAUUGACAACAAGAAUGAAGAACUUGUUCAAAACUUAAUUGCUGGUAUUGAGCGCCAAAUUAAAGAAAAAGGAGUUGUUACAGAAAAGCCAGUUUGCAUUAUUUUACAGUGUAAACGUACGCCAGAUGCAAAAAAACUUCAUGAUGAUAAUCCUUCUAAAAGUGAAUACUUAGAACAAAGUGUCAGUGAUAACGAAAUGAUAUGGCUAGAAAAGAAGCAAGAGGAGUUGGAAAAGAAGCAAGAAAACUUGUCUAGUGAUUAUGGAUCUGACACUGAAUAUGCUGAAGAUGCAGAUGAGCCCAUGACACAAUCAGAAAACUCUCUUAUUAGAACUCCUCUGAACUUGGAUAAGAAUCCUGACCGCUUCAUUAAGUUCAUGAUUCUUCGCAAAAAUUUUGACCCAGAGUUUGUAAGAAAUUUUGUUGCUAACUCUUUAACGGAAAUUAAAGGCAAUGAACAAUUACUACUUCGCUAUACGGCCUUGCUGAAUGUGUUUGUAGAGAAAGAAGAUUCCUUUGUUCCAUUACAUUGUGCUGAAGCCUUGAUGGGAAUAAAUGAGAACAAGUAUCGGACCAUGGACAAUACACUUAGUAGAGCUGUCAAAGUCUUUCUCAUUGUAGUAGAAAGAUACACAUGUGGCAUAGUAGAAGGGUACAAAAUUGUAGACCCUCUCUUAGCAAGUGAAGUUUUGAAGCACAUUGUGGCAGAAAAUGAGACAUAUUCCUCUAUUGCAUGUGAUUUCCUUGAAAGUAGACUAUUUUGUAACACUUAUACUACAAAGGAGCUAAUAUUCUUUACUAAGGAAAUGUUGAAGCGUCGUAAGAAGUUUGCAUAUGGGGAUGAAACAGAAACGCAUUUUUCGUUGCUUGUUGAACGUAUCUGCUAUGAAGAGGGUCAUGAGAAUGCAGCAGCUGUUCUUCAAAAGGGCUUAAAGUUGGAUAAGUUUGUGGAUGCCAUAAUUGCGCAAACCUUGGCACGAUUGUUCUUAAGGCAUGAUGAUUUUGCUCAAGCUCAUGAAUAUGCUGGCAUUGCUGUUGACCAGGAUUCUAACAACUCCUACCUUUUAGUAACUGCAGGAAAGGUGUACCAUGAAGAAAUGAUUCAAAAGUUUGAUAUGGCUGACAGUGGAUUGACACUGUCCAUGCUCCAGGAUGCUUUAUCUCUGGCAAUGUCUGCUGUAGAACAGUACCAUAAGUCUAAAGAGGCAAAUAGAACAGGAAGAUAUCCGCCAAAUAUGCAUUGUUAUCUUGAAGAAAUCAAGAUCUGUUUUAAACUGCUGUUUAACAUUAGGAGAGUGGAUCCAUUCAAGGGUAGAGAUGGACAAGCUAAUUUGCAGAGGUAUCUGACUGACCCCAAGUUUGUCCCAGAUGAAGUACAGGGUGUAUGGAAAGAGUAUCAUGAAUGGAUUAAGUCAUUAAAAGGUAGGAUAGAUGCCUCCAUUGAGCGCUUGGACAAGGAUUUCAGAUACAACAAGCCUAAGUCGAGGGAUAAGGAGCAUGACCGGUUUAAAAAGAAAUUUUAUGAGAUGGUUCGAAACUAUAAUCAAUUCUUUGGUAUGUUGGAAAAUUCUGUAAUUGGUAGUGAUGAAGAAAGAAAAAGGCUACAGGCCUGUACUGUACUUGAGGGCUACAAGGUCAACUUCAGUGUUGCCUUUGAGUACAUAAAAGGUAAGGGUAGAAAUGCUGUUCCAAAUUUGACAAGGGCCCUGGAUCAAUUAAUUAGAAUCCCAGAAAGAGAGGCAUUUGACCUAGAAGGUCUUAUCUCAGUAUCACUUGCUCUAUCGACAGCUGAUCCACAUUCUAAGAAAAUACCAUCAUUUAAGCAAGUGUAUGAGUGGUGUGUUGAGCUAUGUACCUUAGCACCAACCACACUUGAGCCACACCUGUUUAGGACUAUGUUUCUUUGGCCUAGAGAAGAUAUGGAUAUUGAUUUUGAUGCAGGAUCAUUCAAAAAUUCAAAGGAUAGGUUGUCAAAUCUCCACAAAGAGCAAUGCCCAAGCCAUGUUCUCAGACAUUUUCAAGCUCACAAAAGGAUGACCAUAACUGGCUACUCGCGAGCAAUGCCUGCAACAAACUUUUUCCUGUCCACUGGAAAGGGCCUUCAGUCUUUUGUACACAUUUCCAGCUUGCUAACUGUGAACACUGAGUCUCAAAGAAAUUUUGACAGAGACCAGUUUUGGGAAAGGACAGAAGUGCAAGAAAAACUACGAAGACUUGAAGGGAUUUGCCUUAACCAUAACACAAUCAGCUAUCAGGUAAAGGAUUUUCCUAGGAUUGAGAUUCACUCAUCCCGUCCCAUUGCGAUUAAAGGGGCCAGUCAGGACAGGGUCAGUUUUUUCCUGGGUUUCAGCUGGGAAGGUCCCAUUGCCUACAAUGUCAAAGUUCAAGAGGAUUGGUAACAUGACAAAGCUCCAAGCUUGUGCUGGUACCAUUCUAAACAACAGGUUUUGCCAAUUUCUUUGCAGCUUCUAUAGUACAUGUAUUCAUAUUAUUAACUUUCAAAGUGUUACACACAAUGCUUUCAGCCCAAGGCCUGUUAUUCAAAUAGUUUUGCCUAUUACAUAAGACCUGACAAUAUAUGCAAACUUAGGUCACACGAAUCAAUUUCCAUGUUCUCUGACAUUUUAAGUAGAAAUUUAGCAUUUUACAUAUUUAUAUAACAAUCAAGCAUUUUGCUACAAAGAAAUUAACAUCUCCAAAGAUGUGUGACAUGUUUAACAAAAUUCAAGGUUUCUGUUCUGUUUUAUGGCAGGUUCUUCUUAUUCUCCUUGAUUAUGUAGUCAACAGUUUACUUUUGUGUUAUUUUGCCUAGACGACAACAUUCCCAUGUAUUUUAGUGCACAUGUACCCAUGUAUCAGGCUUGGAUUAAUGAGUUAUAAGAGGAAGCUACAAAUAACUAUACUUUAAAUAGUCACUGUGAAACAGUGUGCUCUCUGUUAAAGGUAUUUGAAAUACCAUGAUGCUUGAUUUCUUUUGAUGAAUCAUAAGUUCCCUUUAAUUAAAUGCAUAUAUCUACUUUGUAUUCUUUGAACUAAACAGUGUGCUACAAGCAAGUAUGUUAAAACAUUAAAGGCCUCAAGCCAACCCUCCUGUGGCUUUACUCCUCUUUGCAAAAAUGCAGUUUACAAAUAUGAUUUGUAUUAUUAAAAGUACAAAUUAGUGUUACUUUCCAUCACAUAGUAAGUGGAAGACCCAUUGCAUUAUCAUAUUUACUAUACAUGUAGUUAUGCAAUAAAAUAUUGCU